AUGCCACCAUUCAAUGUACAGAUCAUAAAGCGGCCUGACCGCGACACUAUCCUCGAGCUUGUACAGUUGAUCUACUGUUCUCAAGACCAGUGGGACAUAUACAAGCUCGACCCAGAGUACGAUUGUCUAGUCCGCGCUUUACCUAGCCUCACCGCUAUAACAAGAAAGAAGGGGAAAGGACGAGUUAACUCUCCUAGUAAUGUUGCGUCAGAGUCCCCUUCUCCACCACCGUACUCGAAACGGCGACCCCCAACACCGGAUUCGAACGAGAGGCCAUCGGCGGAACCGCGAAAGAGGUAUAGGACCUACAUUUCUGUUUCUGAUUCCAGUAGCGGAGAUGAGUCGGAUGAACUGCUGUCCGCGGAUAUGGAGUCGUCGGAUGACGAAGAAGACGAGGUAGAAGACCUUGUGGCGGAAAAGUACUGUUCGCCGAAGAAACCAAGUGCGGCCGACCGUGCUCGAAAAUACCAAGAACUGGAACAGAAUCGUCAACACAGGCGAGAAAGGCUUGCCAACAAGAUGAAGAUGAAGGCACCGGUCGCCGAGGAACAAUAUGAAAUCCAAGAUAUCGAGAUGAAGGAUUAUGUGAGCGACGCGGCAGACGCUUCCUUCGUUCCUGCCUUUACGUUUGCUUCUGCCUCUACCUCUGCCACUGGCUCUACUUCGGCCGACACUCCGAAACGGAAGGUCUCACCACGGGACGAACCUCGCAUACGGCGCCGCCGAAACGAGACUUCUGCGUCACCCACUUCUAAUUUUUCCGACUCCGAAUCGGAGCAGAGAGUUAAACGCGCACGCACGCGGUCGCCAGGCAUCCCCAACCUCGAAGCCAAGCGGGCACAGCGCGCGAAGCGGAGAUUAGACAGGUUCAGGAAUCGCAAGAAGGCGUGGAACGAUGCGAUGCACGAGAAAUUCAUGGAGAGUGUCAUGGCCGAUGUGCCGCCGCGUCCGCCUCCUCCACCAGAAGAAACCGCUCAGCCAUAUGAAGGUGGACCUCAAUCACGGCCGCAGCGAAUGGAAAGCCCACCGGCUACAGACAACGCUGCCAUGGACGAAGACGCCGCGCGUCUCGCGGCCAUUGAGGAGUCCCGACGGAAGCUUGCUGAGCUAGAGAAGGACCGCCCUAUUUGGGAGGAAGCUGCACGGAAGCGUAGAGCCGCUGAGGAGGCGGAGGAAGCGGCACGGCGUGCACGAAAAGAGGCAGAAAGACAGGCUGCCGAAGCGGAGGCGCGAAGGCGUCGCGAAGAGGCACGGGCCGAGGCGGAACGCAAGGAGCGAGAGACGAAGGAGAGGGCUGGGCGGGACAGACACGAGCAACAGCGCAAGCUGGACAAUGUGUGGCGAUCACAUAAACGCUGGACGGCAGAACGCGCAUACGACCGGUACAGGCUUCUCUCCGAUUGGUUCGACGACGCCAAGUUUACAGCCAAUGCGCCGCUAACGUUCGACCUCGUUCCGUGGCCGGUAUUGCAGCAUCCUUCCAGCAUUACCGUGGAAGACAUCGAUUGGAACACAGUGGAAGCCUUCUUCAAAGCGAUGAGGGCAUUCGUCCGGCCUCAAGAAUAUGUAUCGUUCGUAGAAAAGAGCCACAAACGAUUCCAUCCAGACCGCUGGAGGGCGCGGGGUCUCCUUCGCAGCAUCGAUGAAGAAGAAUUGCGGAACUGUUUGGAGGUUGCCGCUAAUACAGUUGCACAGGCGGUGACCCCGCUGUGGAGGAGUCUGAAAUCGAAUGAAUGA